AUGCCGCCCAAGAAGAAGGGAAACAAGAAGAACCAGCAGGACGACUGGGAGGCCGAGUUGGGCGAGAGUAUUGCCCCGCCCGCUGCCGAUACCAACGGUGCUGAUGGUGACGCCAACGACGAUGACGAGGGUGGUGCUGGUGGACUGAUGGCUACUCUGCGCAAGAACAAAGAGAAGCGCAAGAAGAAGGGCAUUACCGAGCCUGAGCCUGCUCCCGAGCCUGUUGUCGAAGAGCCCCCUGCUCAAGCACCCGUCGAGGCCAACAUUGACGAUGAGUUCGCCAUGCCAGAGAAGAAGGGCAAGGGUGGCAAGCAGAACAAGCAGGCUGCUAAGAAGCCCGAGCCUGCUGCCGCCGGAGAUGAUGCCGAUGGUGGUCGUAUGUUGACCAAGGCCGAGAAGGAGAAGUUGAAGAAGGAGCGUGAGAAGCAGCGAAAGAAGGAGCAGGCCGCCGCCAAGAAGAAGGGUGGUGCUGCUGCUCCUCCCAAGGCCGAGCCUGCAAAGCCCGAAGCCGUCGAGGAGAAACAAGAGGCUGCCCCUGCCGCGGCCACCCCGGAGCCUGAGGCUGCUGGAGGAAAGAAGAAGAAGCUUCCCGCCCAUCUUGCCAAGCUUCAGAAGCAGCAGGAGGAGCUCAAGCGCCAACGUGAAGAAGCUGCUCGAGCUGAUGAAGAGGCUAAAGCUCAGGCUGAGGAGGAGGAUCGCCUCGCUGCCGAGGAAGAGAAGAAGCGAGAAGAGGCCAGGGCUUUGAAGAAGCAGAAGGAAAAGGAGCGCAUUGAGCAGCUCAAGAAGGAGGGCAAGUACAUGACCAAGGCCCAAAAGGAGGAGAAAGCCAGAAAUGAGCGAAAGCUCCAACAGAUGUUGGCUGCUGGUAUCCAAGUUGGUCCUGCUGAGGCUGCCGAAAAGAAGAGCAAGCCUGUGGAUACAAAGAGAAAGAAGGGCCGUGGCCAACAGAAGAUCGAUGAGGAGAAGGCUCUUGCUGAAGCUGCCGAGCGAGCGCGCCAAGAAGCCGAAAAGGCCCUGAAGGAUGCCGAGGAGAAAGCUGCUCGCGAGAAGGCCGAGGCUGAUGCCAAGGCUGCCGCCGAGAAGAAGGCCGCCGAGAGCGACAUCGAAGAUGACUGGGAGGCUGCUGCUGCCUCUGAUGGCGAUGUCAAGGACAGCUGGGAUGCUGACUCUGACAACGAGGAGGCCGGAAAGGAGAAGGAGAACGGCAAGACACAAGAUGAGUCUGCCGAGGACGAUUCUGAAGAAGAAUCCUCCGAUGAUGAAGAGGCCACAGCCGCACAACUCGCCGAGGAGAAGCGAAAGCGAGAGGCUGCCGAGCGCCGCGAGAAGGCUCACCAGGCCGCUCUGGCUGCCCGAUCCGAAGACAACCUGCGAUCACCAAUUUGCUGUAUUCUUGGUCACGUCGAUACCGGAAAGACCAAGCUCCUCGACAAGAUUCGACAGACCAAUGUUCAGGAGGGUGAAGCUGGUGGUAUUACUCAGCAGAUUGGUGCGACAUACUUCCCUCUCGAAGCCAUCAAGCAGAAGACAGCUGUUGUCAACCAGGACGGCAAGUUCGAGUACAAGGUUCCUGGUCUUCUUGUUAUCGAUACCCCUGGUCACGAGUCUUUCUCCAACCUCCGAUCUCGUGGUUCUUCGCUUUGUAACAUUGCUAUUCUGGUCGUCGAUAUCAUGCACGGUCUUGAGCCCCAGACGCUUGAGUCUAUGCGUAUGUUGAGAGAGCGCAAGACUCCUUUCAUUGUCGCCCUCAACAAGAUUGAUCGUCUUUACGGCUGGAAGCAGGUUGCCAACAACGGUUUCCAAGACAGUCUGGCCCUUCAGAGCAAGGCUGUCCGUAACGAAUUUGAGACUCGUCUUGAGAAGACAAAGGUUGCGUUCGCCGAGCAGGGUUUCAACUCUGAGCUCUUCUACCAGAACAAGUCCAUGUCCAAGUACGUCUCACUUGUGCCUACUUCAGCGCACACUGGUGAGGGUGUCCCCGACAUGCUGAAGCUGAUCGUCCAGCUCACUCAAGAGCGCAUGGUUGGUUCUCUCAUGUACCUUUCCGAGGUUCAGGCUACUGUCCUCGAAGUCAAGGCCAUCGAAGGUUUCGGUAUGACCAUCGAUGUUGUUCUCUCUAACGGUAUCCUUCGGGAAGGUGAUCGCAUUGUACUGUGCGGUACAGAGGGAGCCAUCAAGACAAAUAUCAGGGCACUGCUCACACCAGCUCCUCUGCGAGAACUUCGUCUCAAGUCAGCAUAUGUCCACAACAAGGAGGUCAAGGCUGCUCUGGGUGUAAAGAUCAGUGCUCCUGGCCUUGAGGGUGCCAUUGCUGGUUCUCGUCUGAUGGUUGUUGGCCCCGAUGAUGAUGAGGAUGAUAUCGAGGAUGAGGUAGAGUCAGAUCUUGCUGUUCUGUUCAACCGUGUCGAGAAGUCUGGUCGUGGUGUCAGUGUCCAAGCCUCAACUCUGGGUUCGCUCGAGGCUCUGCUGGAUUUCCUCAAGGACUGCAAGAUUCCUGUUGCCAACGUUGGUAUUGGACCAGUCUACAAGCGUGAUGUCAUGCAGUGUGGUGUCAUGCUGGAGAAGGCUCCUGAUUAUGCCAUCAUGUUGUGUUUCGAUGUCAAGGUCGAUAAGGAAGCACAGCAGUACGCCGAGGACCAGGGUGUCAAGAUUUUCACAGCUGAUAUCAUUUACCAUCUGUUCGAUGCCUUCACCAAGCAUAUGGAUGAGCAGCUCGAGAAGAAGAAGGAGGAAUCCAAGAUGCUUGCUGUUUUCCCUUGUGUCCUUAAGCCCGUCAAGGUUUUCAACAAGAACGACCCCAUCGUCAUCGGUGUGGAUGUUACCGAGGGUUCACUGCGACUUAACUGCCCUGUUGCUGCCGUUAGAACUAACCCCACAACUGGCGCCAAGGAAGUCAUCAAGCUGGGUAGAGUUACUUCAAUCGAGCGAGAGCACAAGCAGAUCCCUGUGUGCAAGAAGAAGGAACCUUCAGUCGCUAUCAAGAUCGAGAUGGGCGGCUCACAACCUAUGUACGGCCGUCACCUUGAAGAAGAGGAGACACUGUACAGUUUGAUUUCACGAGCCAGUAUCGACACUCUCAAGGAGUACUACCGUAAGGAAGUCAGCAACGAGGAGUGGCAGCUGAUCAUCAAGCUCAAGCCCUUGUUCGACGUUUAA